AUGGAUCGGCCACCCGGUCCUAUGCACGACCUGAUUCGGCGUGCCUACGAGGAGAUGCGCCUCUAUUCAAAUUAUUAUGCUGCUAUACGCAUCAUUACGGCAGGCCUGCAAUUGGGUGAGAGGGACAGUGAAGAGAAUGCGCUGGAGAGGCAAACCUCACGUCAGCCUUUCUUUGAUCAAGGUGGCACUCUGCAAGGGAGUUGUAGCCACAACAACGAUGUGUUCCUGAGCGACCGUUCUGGUGGGUCCUUUACCGAGUCUACAGCAGUGGGUAAGAGCAAGGUAAUAUCUGUCUCGGAAGGCACCAAAAUUGUGAGGGUGACACCACAGUUGCGCGGAGGUUUUAAUCGGACUCAAAAGUUUCGAAUGCUACUUUUACGUGCCGAUGCGUACUCGGCUUUAAAACGGCAUGAUAAAGCCCUACAAGAUGCUCAAGCUGCUGUUCUAAUGUCUCACGAACGUUCUGCGGAGGCCCAUUUUGUAAUGGGAAGGGAGUUCCUACGCCUCUUUCAACUUGAGGCUUCGGUGGUUGCCUUUGAUAAGGCGGAGUCUCUUCUUUGUUCGUCACCAAUUUAUAGUGGAAAUCCGUGUGUUGAAGAAAUCACGGCCGAGGACUUUUGGGCACAACGUGGGUACCACAUGGAGGAUGUUCAACGCUUGAAACUGAAUCGCUGUUCCAUGGAGCAGGAAGAACAAAAAGCACAUGGUGUGUUGUUGGGACAACGUGUAGAUGAUGGCGCAAAUGGUGUGCUUGCAUCAGAACACGCGUUGGUUACCUCGACAUCUUCUGAAGGUUCAAACGUUGCUAAUCCUCAGUUGCUCUAUUGGAGGCAGCUUGCUAAAGAGGCACGAGCUCUACAUAAGAUGAGUACUUCACAUAUCUUGCCUAUAGGCUUUCUUCAAACAGCACUUUUGUUUUUAGAUCAUCAAAUGAGUACAGUUCGGUUUGGUGUUGUGGCAUGUUUAGAAAACACGACUUCCCGAAAUUUUCGUUUGACAGGGUGUUCCUCUCCUGAUGCCGCCUUCCGGAAUGGGAUGCAAUUCCCUGAUACCAUUCCUCCCGGCUGUUGUGGUAUCGCUCUCCUUCAACCUCGAGGACGAUGGGGCGGUUUUGUGUGCUCCGUCUGCUAUGAGGUGGCAGAUAACGCUGUGUGUUGUUUUUUUUGCUUUGAAACUUCUUUCAUGGGGUCAAACAAGUGUGGUGUUCGCUUUGCAUCGGAGCGGCGUUCUUUAGAGUUUGCUUGCGGCUUGAGGGACCCUAAUAGCAACACUUCCGGGAGUUCGUCAUCGGACACCACGACGAGGGAGUUUGUUAAUUUUAAGAUACCGAAUCCAAGUCUGUGGCUCCCAACACACGUCGCACCACUACCAUCUGGACGCAAACUGAAAGUGUCUGGUGCAACGCGCAGCAAUAGUCGAGUUAUCAUGUUCUCUGUGACUGAAAUUCUCUCCGUUCGUCUACGAUCCGUGGAACUUCUGACUGCUUUGGAGUUUGCAGGCCCUGUUGUAUUAAAAAAGAUGAGUGCCGUAAACCGGCGGUACCGCGAGUUAGUCAACAAUCUUCCACCAACAAUGUUUUUUGGUUCGAGUCGCUGCUUAUAUCCCGACUACUGUUUGUUGAGUGAUCGCACAAGUUCACCCUGGAUUGUACAUGACAAGGAGCCGGUGAGGUGGAGCUUCGUCUUUGAUGGCCGAUUGAUGAAUCGAGAACUUUUCAUGGUGUCCGACUCUACCGACCCUCAAAACAAUAUUUUAUACUUUUCAGGCGAGAGUUGCGGUUCCAUCGAAACAGUGGUGUUCUAUGGCGAUCGACGCACUCUCAUUGCACAGAUAAAGGGCAGUUGGGUACCUUUCAGUAGUACGUUGUACUUUUGCACAUCGUCGGGUCGUACUUUUGCCUCCUGCUUUCUUAACCGAAAUUCUGAAUUGACGCUUGUCUGGGAAGGCGCCAGCAAGAAAAACAAGUCGGAGGAUGUGGAGUAUGUUAUGCAUCGGGUGGAAUCUGUCCGGCGCACAGGAUUUGGUGGGACAACAAGCACGGUGUCAAAUCUUUCCACUGUAAAUGGCUUUGGUGGUACCGAAGAAAGUAAUUCCAUGUUAUUCUCUUCCUCGAGUGGGGUUGUUUUGGCUUCGCCUCUUGCACCGUCCAGAGGCAAUCGGGGCUCUUUGGUUGAGAAAUAUGCCGUCUGGCGUUCACAGGGAACAAAUGCAGGCAGUGCUGCGUGCGGCAUUACUAGGCAAACGAACAACGGAAUGGAGCUGGUAGCUGAAGUCACAAUUAGUCCCCCCUCUGCACAGACAGUGACGAAAGGGAGUGUCAUUGCUGAAAUUACAUUCUGUACAGGUGCUGAUGCGCUGUUGGUUACACUGUUGGCGUAUUGUCGAUUCCAAUGGGAUGGAUGA